AUGGCUAACCAUGCAGGAAAAGGAGUCCUCUCAAAUGGGUCUGUGUGGAGACCAAUGGCUAAACCAUGCAGGAAAAGGAGUCCUCUCAAAUGGGUCUGUGUAAACAGCAAGGCAACACUUAUGUUUUCAAAUUUGAUGAAUGAUGAAAUAAGUGAGAGUAUGUUCUGGCCAGAGUUGCCUUAUGUAACUGAUGAACAUGGAAUUUUAAUUUUGUUUUUGAAGGGUUCUCUUCUCUCAGUUUUGAGACAAUUUGCUUGCUUGAAGAGUGACAAGCAAGCAAUUUCUGUGGGAUUUGUGGGAUAUUUCAAUGUUGGGAAGUCAUCAGUUAUCAACACAUUGCGAACAAAAACUGUUUGCAAGGUUGCUCCUAUCCCUGGGGAAACUAAAGUAUGGCAAUCUAUCACACUUACAAAGAGGAUUUUCUUAAUUGACUGUCCUGGAGUUGUUUAUCAAAACAACCAUGACACCGAAACAGAUAUUGUGUUGAAGGGAGUGGUUCGUGUCACAAACUUGGAAGAUGCUUUAGAACACAUAGGAGAAGUUUUGACUCGUGUUAAGAAAGAGCGCCUGGAAAGAGCUUACAAGAUAAAAGACUGGUACUAUCUUUGUUAA